GGAACCAGAGACACGCGCGCGCAAACACACAUACAGAGACGGACAAACGGAGGGAGCGCUGAGCUUCGCGUGCACCUGAGCAACACUGCGCGCGGAAUCUCCCCCACGAACACACACUCAAACACCCACACACACUCUUUCUUUUUCUCUCUCUCACACUCUCUCUUUCUGCCUCUCUCAUUCACUCGCGCGCGCUGGCUGGUUGCAUCAUCACUCCUCGGGCUGCAGGAUGGUCGCGGAGCGCAAGAUGAGCCCGUGUUUGUUCGCGCGAGGUUGGACUGCGUCGUCACCCUAGGCGCGCGUGUGUACGUGUGUGUUGGAGGAGCUCGUGAAGGAUUUUGUUUACAGCGACCUGCAUCUUCAUCCCGCAAAAAACACAAUACUCAUCAUCAUUAUUUUUAGAGACAGUAAGCGAUGACCCUGGUGUUGUCCAUGAACCCUUUCUGUGAUCAUGAGGCCGAAGCCCCGCCCACAAUCUACCAGCCAAUUUGGGAGUCGGAGCACUGCAGCAAGAGCUGUGUCUCCACCCCCACACCAACAGGGGGCGACGCUCAGGAGCUUAUUGAUGAGCCUCCCUGUAGGCAAGUCCCGGAUCACGUGACCAUGUCCCGGAUUGCUUACUUUAAGCGGAAAUAUGUGGAAGACGAUGAUCUGCCACUGAGCUUCAGGAGUUACUGCCACACGGUGUCUCCAGUGCUGGAGGAGCACGCUCACAUUCUGCGACUCUCUCUCGAGAAGAUGCGUUUCAUUGACGACCCCGAAGCGUUCCUGCGGCGCUCCGUCCUCAUAAACAACCUCCUGCGCCGCCUUCGUACCGAGAUCUUCCUCCAGAGAGACUGGCGCUUCCCACCUGGACCCGUCACCAUGACAACAGCCGCCCAGGUCCACCCGCACCCGUCUGCCGGCCUCCCGCCGAACCCCAACCGCAAGCGUAUGCGCAUCCUGAGGGCCGAGGAGGCCGAGUGCGUCCCGGCCUGCUGCUGCCUGUACACUGCCGGACAGUACCUACAGCUGCCCCUGUGCGUUUACGAGGGGGCGAGUUCUACCCUUCAGCCUUCAUCCUCAUCAUCAUCAUCCUCCUCGUCAUCGUCCUCCUCCUCCAGCGAGCUCCCGGAGGACGAGCAGGACAGCGACGGGGACGAGGGUCUGGACUCACUCUGCCCGGGUCUGGACCUGUGUGAGGCUUCCAUACGGGCGAAAAGAGAGAGAGAGAAAGAGCGCGAGCGAGCGAGGACACGGGUCCGGGUGCGAGAGGACGAGGACAGGGGCGAGGUUCAGCUACGGCGCCCCCCGCUGGCACAUCAUUUAAAGAAGAGUAGGGUUAGAAAAGAUGUAGCGUGAUGUGGAGGAGGAGGAGCACUGCAAAAAACUGACCUUUUUCAGCAAGUGACAAGUUUAUUUCAUUGGCACAUAUACAAAACAACAAACAAAUAAAUAAACAAAUAAAUAAUACAUGUGAAAGUGGGGUACAACAAUUUCCCAGUAAAUUAUACUUGAAACAAAUUAAAAACUAGGUACAAAAAAUAUUUUGGCAUUAAAAUCAUCUUAAACCUAGUAAAUAAUAUUUAGAAUUUUGUAAUUGGUAAUAUUAUUAUUAUUUAUUUCCACAUCCUUUUCCACAAUUUAUAUAUUCAAAUUGAAAUAAUUCAUUUUAUUGAAGUAAAAUAUUUGAAAAACAUUUCAGUUCAACUUUACAAUUAAGUAAUAAUACACUCGAGGUUCGUGCUAUAAGGUGUAAUAUUGGCACUGUUGUCUAUAAUAUUACAUGUUAUAGAAUAAACCUCAAGUGUAUUAUUACGAUUAUUCCACAGUUCCAUUAUCACUGUCAUAUGAGUUAAAGAGGAGGAGAAAAUAUGAUCUGUUGGGUUAUAAACACUUAGCGAGUUAAAAUAGUUCCAUUGCUGCUCUGCUUGUAGCUGCGCUGUUUGGUUUGUAAGCUAGGUUACCUGUAUGUGGCGGAGGAAUACAUGGAGAGCUUUGGUUACAGUGCAUUACUAGCUGGUAACUGCACUCAUAAAACACCUCUCAGCCAAUCACGUUGCAGGGUUGGAACUAACUGUGAUAUAAUACCUACAACCUAAUAACUACUGGUCAUGUAUUCAUUAUCACAGAUUCUAUUACAGUAGUACAGAUUUUGACUCAUGUAAUUACAAAUAAACAUAACAUUGUGUUUAUUACACAUUCUUUACAUAUCUUCACUGCCCAAUGAAAAACAAGUAUCUCCAAAAUAGCAACUUUACAGAAGAGAGAAAAAAUCCUUCUAAACUUUCAAUGGAAGUCAAUGAAAAAAGAGUUUAUUUUAGGUCAUUUUGAAGAGUUUCUAUUGGUCCAUCCAUCAAGAGAUUUUUUCAAGGUGUAAAAGACAGUUUGUGUAUUCAAAUUAUGUGGUAAACUAAAAAUUGAAAAAAAAUGGAGAUACUUGUAUUUUUAAUUGGACAACGACGAUAUUAGAGAGAAUAUUGCUGUUACUUCAAUCUGAAGUUGAAACACAUCUUUACACUGUUUGAACUGUAAUACAUGUAUAACUGAAUACAGCAAUGGUAUGUAAUAACACAGUUAUUACGCAGAUCUAGGAAACAGGCCAAGAAAUAAGUUAAGUAAUCUAAAAAUAGUAACUAAAAAUUUAGUAAAAAUCAAUAAAUUCUGACUAGGUUUAAGAUGAAACAUGCCAAAAAGUGCAAUUUAAUAAAACAUGUUCCAUUUAAAGAAAUAAAUCUAAAUUGUCAUUCUGUUCACUUUAAGGAAAUCAACAAGAGUAGAGACAAUCUCAUUGGCCGUCCUGAAAUUAGGACUCAAGAGGGCGCUAAUUUACCAUCAGCUGGAAAGGAAGUACUGAAUACCUGGUUGCAAUGGAAACGAGUUGGACUACCUGCCUCAUAAUGAACUAAGAAAAUAUCUGGAUGGACCAACUGCAGCCAAAACACCAGCCGUCAGGAAAGGUCUUAUACUGACCAUAAACACAGUCCACAUGUUUAGCGUACAGGGUGUGACCUCUAGUCAUUUAAUGACUUCAGUCUAAUCUUUUAUUUGGACACUUUAAACGAGCAUGAGGAAAUGAUUGAGGUUUGGGGUUUGCUGCAAACGGCGUAAAGUUAAAGCUGAAAUAAAGGAAUAGUUUGAUGAAAAAAAUCUAAUUGAGAAAUUGAUCUCACAACAGAAAACAAAAAAAUAGCAAUAUGAUUUUCUCUGUACCCAGCCGUAAUCAUGCUAAUGUCUUAGGGUUUGGGGUGUGUCCUCAUUGAGUUCUAAUUAGUAAUACUAACUAGUUUUUGAGGCUGUAGUUUAUAAUGCUGUGAAAAACUAUUUGCCCCUUACAGAUUUCUUUAGUUUUGGCUUUUUUGGUCAUACUUAAUUUUUUUUCUAAACUGAGUAAAUAAAAAAACAGUUUUUUUAAACUAUAGAUAAAAAUAUUGUAAUUUAGAGCUUUUCUUUGCUCUAAAAAUUUGAAUUUCUCUUUCUAGAAAAUGAGAAAUGGCUGAAAUAAGUAACAAAAAAGGAUGCAGAGCUUCCAGACCUCAAAUAAUGCAAAGAAAAUAAAUUCAUAUUCAUAAAGUUUUAAGAGUUCAGAAAUCAAUAUUUGGUGGAAUAACCCUGGUUUUUAAUCAUGGUUAUUGGUUGUCAUGUAUCUUGGCAUGUUCCUCUCCACCAGUCUUACACACUGCUUUUGGAUAACUUUAUGCCUUUACUUCUGGUGCAAAAAUUUAAGCAGUUUAGCUUGGUUUGAUGGCUUUUGAUCAUCCAGCUUCCUCUUGAUUAUAUUCCAGAGGUUUUAAUUUGAUAAAAUCAAAGAAACUCACCAUUUUUAAGUGGCUUUUAUUUUUUUCCAGAGCUGUAUACUCUGUAUGAUAUGAUAUGGCACACCCCUAUACUAUGCAGUUAUGUCUCUUUUAGUUAAGUAAUGACAGUUUUAUCUGUGUCUUAAUGUAAAAAAAAAAGAAAACAUCUGCAUAAAUUGGAUUUAUUUUAUCAAACUAUUCCUUAUAUUCCUUAUUAUGGGAUGAAGCAGACUCUCUGGUCUCUCUGUAGAAAUGACCAAACGGUGCCUUAAUGUCUUCUUUUCUAAAUGUCUGUACAGUUCAUGCCUGUGUUUGUUUGUGAUGAAUACAUAUUGUAGACUUUUUUGAGAAAAUGUACCAUAAUGUUCAUGCCAAGACAAGACCCUGCUGGGGGUCUGCUGACAGUGAGAUGGAGAUGAUGUAGCAUGAUGAAGAAGAGGUGCUCUCUGCAAAAAUGACGUCACAGAAAGUGAAAUUUAUCUUCAAAAUGACUUAAAAUAAGUCAGAAUAUCUAGAAAUAAUAGUGCUGAGUGACUAAAUUCAUCUGGUCAGAAAAAAAACGUUACAUUUAGCUACAGUUUGAAGAUAAUUUCACUUUAUAAAGUGUCGUUUUUUGCUGUGUAAAUUUACCACAUCCUGAACCCUCACCCACCAGCAUUCGGUCUGCACUCAAACUGUAUUUGAGAGUGUGGGAGAACUGAUUCAGGGUCAGUCUGCACUCACUUCACUGCAUAAAGAGUAAAAACAGUCUUAAUUACAGUGAAGGAAAUAUAUAUUUGAUCCCUUGCUGAUUUUGUAAGACAUGAACAGUCUAUAAUUUUAAGGGUAGGUUAAUUUCAACAGUGACAGAUAGAAUAUUAAAAAUAAAAUCCAGAAAAUUACAUUCUAUAAAUUAUAUUUGAUAAUAUUUGAUCCCCUACCAACCAUUAAGACUUUUGUCUUUUUUAGACCAGUUAGACGCUCCUAAUCAACUCGAUACCUGCAUUAAAGACAGCUGUCUUAAAUUGUCACUUGUAUAAAAGACUCCUGUUUUUUCCUUCACCACUUUCAUGCUGUUGGAGUUGGGUUUCCCCAAGAGAUUUCAAUCACUAAAGCCCAUCUCAGUCCCACAUGGGUUUUGUUUUGGCUGUAUGUACAGGGGUUGGACAAUGAAACUGAAACACCUGGUUUUAGACCACAAUAAUUUAUUGUGGUGACGUACAGUUCUGGUGGAAACAGGAGAGUUGAGAUGCACAUUGAAUUCUGCGUGAUUUGAUCAGCUGUGGUUUUAUGUUUUUUGGAUACAAUCCGGGUUAGCACCCGAACAUCCCUUUCAGACAGCUUCCUCUUACAGCGUCCACAGUUAAUCCUGUUGGAUGUGGUUGGUCCUUCUUGGUGGUAUGCUGACAUUACCCUGGAUACCAUGGCUCUUGAUACAUUACAAAGACUCGCUGUCUUGGUCACAGAUGCACCAGCAAGACGUGCACCAACAAUUUGUCCUCUUUUAGACUCUGAUAUGUCACCUAUAAUGUUGUGUGUAUUGCAAUAUUUUAAGAAAAACUGUGCUCUUACCCUGAUAAUUGAACCUUCACACUCUUAUUGCUCUUACUGGUGCAAUAAUGUGCAGUUAAUGAAGAUUGACCACCAAGAUGCUCCAAUUUAGCCAUGAAACCUCCCACACUAAAAUGAUAGUUAUUUCAGUUUAAUUGUCCAACCCCUGUACAUGUGUAGUUUACAACCCAGAUGGUGCCCAUGUUUAACUUCCUGGUCCCAUCAUAUGUGGGCCACUGUGGAUCCCAGGGACAAAACUUUUAGGCCCUUUUUAUGGUUAACCUUACAGGCUCCACAAUGGAAUGUUAUCAGGGUAAUAAUGUACCUGGGCAAAUUAGCCCAUACACAAACUUCAGCAUCUGUCAAUAUCAAAAUAAAAUAAAAUCCUCCCCAAAAAACAUGAAAACACCAAAAAAACACCAUAAACAUUUUGAGGGAUGAGCUGAAAGCAGACUGAUCUCCUCCCAGCAGUUUCUCCAGACCAACAGCACUACAUUCAGUUUCAAUGUGAAAUUAUUUUGUGAAAUGUCAACAAAAAAAAAGAACAAUAAAGGAAUGUCCUGCAGUUUGUUUCAUAA